AUCGUCAUUCAAAGUUUUCGCGCCGCUCGAUCAUGACACGUCGUCCCUCUUACUCUCUCGUUCAGAUAUGCGUCUCUCUGGCGCUCGUCGUCACGGUCGCAAUCGGUCAAGAAUGCGAUAAAACAAAAUGCCCUGGUCCACUGUCAUAUUACGAGGCGCUUGGUUGUGAACCUGUUUACAAAAACGAGGGGGAUUGUUGCGCGACUAAAUACAACUGUGAUCAUCUGAAGGAGAGAUUCAAGACCAAGUGUUACGUUAACGGUAAAGAGUAUGAAAUUGGAGAGUCUCUCGAAGAAGAGGAUGCGAAUCCUUGUGACAUCGGUUGCACUUGCACAAGCGGAUAUGAUGGAGUUGCCACAUUUAAUUGCGCUAUAGUCGAUUGUUUCUUUGGGCCUGUAAGACCUGGUUGCUACAGAACACGUUCUCCGUUAAACUGUUGUCCCGGAGAAGAAGUCUGUCCUGAAAGACCUCAAGAUAGGCCUACCUGUGAGGUAAACGGAAAGAUAUAUAAAGCCGGAGAAUACUUUGAGGUUGAAAAUGAGCCAGAUUUAAAUUGUGUAUGUCAAGAAGGGUAUAAAGGGGAAAAUAUCGAACCUUUCUGCGUGAAACCUAAACGUCCAUAUUGUAGUCCCGAUUUUCGUGGCGCGAGCGACAUUUUUAAUAAAUGCGCUCCGGUUUAUUAUUCCAGUCAAGCGCCGCAGACCAGUUGUAGUGUGUUUUCGAGAUGUCAAAACACUAACGAUACUGUCGUCCACAAGGAGGACAAUUCAAAGUCUGCUGACAAAACUUCUAUCGAUGAGAACAUGUGUCAUUUCGGUAACAUGAUGAUGCAUCACGGUGACGAGCUGAAUCAAGCUACAGAUUAUAGCUCCGUGUGUGUUAAAUGCGUUUGCGAGGUGCCGCCUGUACCCACCUGUCAGCGUUUACCGGAUAACGAGUGCGACGUCACAAAGCAUCCGCCAUUCUCUCAUUAAUAAUCCUUUCAAAAUCUGUGAUAUGAUAAGAUUACACGCGUAACUAGAUUCAGAUAUACAUAUUAAUGCGUAAAAAUAUAGACGAAAUCUUCUUUAUAUAAACUUUAAUAUAAUGUUAUGCACUUCGCCUACAUAUAUAUAUGUGUGUGUGUGUGUGUAUGUGUAUAUAUUUACUACAUAUUUAAAAAAAUGUGGAUUAAAUCUUUUGACAAGUAUUCGCGCGUUUAUGACAAAAUCGAUAAUCUUUGAUCUACUCUACUACAAUUUCUUGCAAUUAUCAGUCUUGUUAUGUGACUAUUUAUAAACGAAAAAAUUAUUAAAUCACUGAUUACGCAUAUAUCCAUCUUUUAAUAAUGUCAAUGCUAUAUUUCUUUGACGUAAUCUCGUAUGAUUACACAUAUUUAUCGGAUAAAGAUUCACGUUAAUAAAAAAAAAAAGAUCGUA